GGUGUACUUCACAUGUUUAUCGUAGUUUAACGAAAAAUUAUGGCAGAAGUAAAGCAUACCGAAAAUUUUCAACAGCCUACCGAAGAGAAUGCUGAUGUUAAAGAUGCUAAAGAAUUAUCAAAUCCCAAAGAAAGUCCUGACAGAGCGGUAAAAUCACAUAAAAAAAACGGAGCCGAUAGUAAAGAUUCAACGGUUUCGGCUGGUUCAAAGAAAACCAAAGCUGACAAGAAAGUGGGUUAGUAUACUUUACACACAUUUUAUUCUAGUAAACCUUUCCACGAAGGAGGUAUGUUAGAGAUGUCGUCGUUUCGAAUUAGCGAGUGAACCGAUAAGAGAGGGAUGAAUUGAGAAUUUCAUUUAAUUUUCUAGUGGCCAUUUAAAAGUCCAUGUCAUGAUUCAGAAAAGUAAUUGCAUAUAUAUUAACACUAAUUCAUUAUUCUUUAAAAAAACCUUAAAAUUUGUGUUAUCAACAUAAUAAAUUCCUUUCUUUCGAUAAAUUAUAAACUUAACAUAGAAACCUAAUUUUUAUAAAAGUAUUAAACAGGUGAAAACAUUUGAAAUGUUUGAUAUUUUCUCUCGUUCCUCUCUCUUCUCUCUCUCCCCUCCCCUUUCGCUAUCCCUAUUGUCUAUUUAUAUUUUACAUUAAGGAACCAAAGGAAAAGUAUUAGGCUAUCGUUUAAAGUCAGAUGGCUGAAAAUGACGAACGUUUUAUGUUUUUAUAACAAGAAUGCAAGUUUUCGUCUAUUUAUAUUGAGAAAUAAAAAGCUUAAUAUUUUGAUGGGUACAAAAAUAAUAUUUCCACCCCCUCACGCCCCAAUUGGCUUAUUCAAAGAAAUCUGUUUUCUCUUUUCUUGUGUUCUUUUUUUUUUCCAAAUUUCAAACACGGCGAAAGAGAAUUUUUUAUACAAAUACUAGGUGGCUACGUGACAUGAAAUUGUUAUUUUAUUUUGAAAUUAUAUAUUAAUAUAUGUAUUAAUAUAAAUAUUAUAUAUAUAUAUACAUUAGACUUACACUUUAAAGUAACUAUAUGCCCAUAACGAAUAAUCCAAGUUAUUUUAUAUUAAUUAUAGCUAAUCAUACAAGUUGAGGGAAGAUAGAUUUAAAUUUGAAAUAUGAAGUACUACCAAUGUAUUUAGUUUAUUUGGUCUUGUUUUAUUUAUCUAGAACGUAUUAAGUCUACUGAAAAUACAAUCCGGUUUACAUAUGAUAGAAAUGUCAACUAAACUUGUUUAGACAGAUUUACAGUUCUAGUCGGAAAAACCAAUAUGCCAUUUAUCGUAUACAGUCAAGUUUUUAUAUUUUUUUAUACUUUCUAUUUUUAUUUGCGAUUAACUUCAAUUAAAUAUCAAUUAAUAAUUAAUAACAAGCUGAAGUUAUAAAGGGUCUUUCUGGUCUUUCGACGACGGAGGAGAAGCUAACAGCCUUAUGUAAAAAAUAUACAGAACUUGCUGAAGAAAAUCGCACUUUGAUGCAUAAACAAAAAGUUAAUACCAAGAAGCUAGCAACAGUCACUAAAGAGAAAGAACAGGCUCAGGCGGAGCAUGGAAAAGCUGUACUUGCCAAAGGUCAAUUGGAAGGUUUAUGUCGCGAACUACAGAGAAGAUGUAAAGAGGCAAAAGAAGAAACGCUGCAUGAAGUUCGAUCAGAAGAGGAGAAAAGAAAAAAGAUAGUUGAUACUUUUCAAACAACUAUAAAUGAGAUUCAAGGCCAAAUAAAUGGUCAUCAAGAAACAAAUAUAAAACUGAGAGAAGAAAAUAUCAAACUCGCUGAACAAUUAAAAAGUUUAAUAAAUCAGUAUGAAGAAAGAGAAAAGCAUAUAGAAGAAAUAUUGAAACAUCGCGAACUAGAAAAACAACUCUCCGAUGCAAAAAAUGCUCAAAUUUUGUUACAAUUAGCUCAAGAGCAAGAAAACAAGCGUAAAAUAUUGGAAGAAUUGGAAAAUAAUUUGAGGCGAAUAGCGUUAAUGGAAGAACAUGAAAAACAACUCAAAGCCCAAAUCAAAAUGUACACCGAAAAAUACGAAGAGUUCCAAGGAACCUUAACAAAUAGUAAUGAGGUUUUGAAAGCGUUUAAGGCUGAAAUGGACGCUAUGACUAAACGUAUGCGAAAGAUGGAGAAGGAUGCAGUAUCAUGGAAAACUAGAUGGGAGAAUAGUAAUAAGACUCUGAUACAAAUGGCUGAAGAAAAAACUAGGCAGGACAAAGAAGCUCUUCUUUCCCAAUCAAGAAUUAAUAAACUUGAAAGUUUAUGCAGAGCUUUACAAGCCGAAAGAUACAAGCUUGCUAAAAAAGAUCAAGUGCCGAAAGAGGAGGUUACUGAAGAAGCCAAAAAAGAUAAUGAAGAAAAUGAAGAACAAACUUCAGAGAGUCUUGAACCUCCUAAUAGUGAAAAUAAUUCGAAAAAUGAUGAAAAUGAUGAUAACAAAGAAAACGAAGAAGAAACUGGUAAAGAGAAAGAAGAAACUCCAAAACCAGUUGAAGAUGAAAAUGUUCAUACUGAACAAAACUAAAAAAGAUAUAAGCAUUCAAUAAGAAAAAUCUCAUUUGUUUUAUACUUUACUGUAUAAAGUUAUCAAAUGUUUUAAUUUUAAAAUCUUCUAGAAAUGGAUAUUAAGUAAAUAAAGUAUUUCUUUUACUACCAUAUUAUAUCGUCAUCUUAAAAAUAAGUUCCCCUAUUUUUCUUUUCCUAUAUUUAUAUUUAUAUAUCUUUUUGUUUAUUUUUUUUUUGUUGUUUUUGUCUCUUUUAUUUUUAAAGAGAGAAUAGAUAAUAGUCCUUUUUCACCUGUCUUUUUCACUCUUUUAAAAAGCCUAUAUAUAGAAUAAUUAUU